CUCGUACGGGAACAUCCAACAUGGCGUCCAAAAAAGGUAUUUUGGAUCACUCUUUUUGUGUAACCGAUCCUACAAAACAUGAGAAAGGAUUUACAGUCUACAAGGUGACUUACAGGAUUACACAAAAAAAUGAUCCUGAGAAUAUUACCGAGCUUGUUAUAUGGAAAAGGUACAAUGACUUUAAGAAGUUACACAAAGCAUUACAAACGCUUCAUUUUAACUUGAGAAGGCCAGAGAAAUUUCCAGAGUUUGCUAGAGCAAAGUUUUUUGGGCGAUUUGAUGAUCAAGUCAUUGAUGAAAGAAGAUUAAGUGCUUUAAGACUAUUGAAUUUUUCCUCCAGAUUUCAACCUCUUCUAAACUGUAAAGCUUUUAAAAUGUUUUUUGAGGGAGCAGAUGUUGUGAAUGCAGACCAUGAGAAAAAACUACUACCAUCACCUACAAUUCAACCGGAACCUCUAUUACCCUCACAAUUAACAAAAAGUCUUGCACCUGAUGACUCCUCAACCAGAGCUUCUAGUCAGGCUAGUUCCACUGAAAACAUUGAAGAAAGUGGAGAACAUGAUGAACCUGGUGUAACUCUAGGUGGAGUAUGGUUACAUAGGCAAGCACAAGAAGACACAAUAAGUUGUAGUACUGCUACUGAUGAUGAUGAUCAUACAACAUUCACUGAUGAGGACUCUGUACCUUCUACUCCUCUUCCUCGAGUUGAAAAUGUUUCAUUCUUUGAUCCCUUUGCUCCUAAUAAAGAUUCCAUUGCAACACCCACCCUUGCCCCAAGUAAAAGUUGGUUGUUUCAAGCUAUGGAUGCAUGUGCUGAGUUGGAACAGAAAUCACAUCAGUCGGAACAUUGUCAUCAUGGUGAUGAUAAUGAUAAUGAUGAUGAUAAUAGUGCUGGAAUUAAAAUCAAAUUUCCCAAAGCUUUCGAAGUCACUGAAGAUGAUGAGACUGAGAGUUUUGAUACUCCAAGUGAAGAUUUGAGUACAAGUGAUUAUUCAUCUUUGACUCUAACACAGGAAUUAUUAGCUGAACAUGACAAGUUAGAUAAGGACAAACGUCCAGUGUCAGCCGCUAAAGUCUAUCUCGAUAGCAUAAGAAAUCAAAAUAAACUUUCAACAGAAAAAUUAUCAAAUACCACCGACUCUGAUCGGGAUAGUAAAUAUAGCACCCCUAGGAAAACUGUUGAUCAACUUACAAUUCAGAAAAGGUCAAGAAGCUUAUCAGAACAGUCUAAUGAAAGUGUUUCUAACAUGGACUUAGGGGGUAAAGAUGAUUAUUUAUUUCAAGCAGCCAAUCAGAUUGGUUUAGCAUUAGAGAAUGAAGCCAAUGGUUGUUAUGAGGCAGCCUUUACUUAUUACAAAGUGGGAGUCAAUAUACUACUAAAAGGAGUUGUAGUUGAUAGUAACAAAUCCAGAAGAGAAGCUGUGAGACGCAAAACUGCACACUAUCUGAUGAAAGCUGAGGAUAUUUAUAACAAAAAUUUAUCAGCUGAGGCCGCAUAUGCUAAACGAUGGGAGAGCCAGUCUAUUCCUAUAGAGUUUGAUCCUGGUACAGCUUAUCUUAGAGGUGCUAUUGAAGAAUUGAAAAGUCAUAAAGUUCUUGGAGUCAUUGAUAAUGUCAUGUUAGUUUUGGAUAUGGCAUCCUAUUGUACAUUUAUUGUUAAGGUUUUACAUAAGUGUGCCAUGCCCAGCCAAAGUAGAGCCAAUAAAAUACCAACCAACUGCCCGUACAUGGUACAUCUUCAUAAAUACUAUGAAACGGAAACAUCCAUAUACCUCGUCUUGGAACAUGCAACUGGAGGAAAAUUGUGGACCUAUGCUGCUGCUUAUUUCCACAGUGAAGAAGAGAAGGCCCCGCUUGCCAAUAGUUUGGAAAGAAGUGUGGGAAGUAAAGGAUCCAGACGAUCCAGAGGAAAUAGUACAUCUAGCAGUAAAGAUCUUCGAGGCAUUGUGGACACUGCAAUAGACAACGAUGUGUUUGAUAGUUCAACUGAGAGUCCACUAAACUCUGACAGCUCGCAACUUGAUGAGGUAGAAUCUCAGAUCUUGCAGGUUAUUCCAGAAUUCGAGAAUAAGGUGGACAGUGCUGAUGAAAGAAAUCAUGUUAAAGAGUCCCCACCGAAUGAUCCUGAUUUGAUAGCUCCAGCGGAACCUGUCAGUAGCUAUGUUGACUUAUUUCAAAAUUACAAUACUGUGAUUGAAGAUGAAGGACAUAAACUGAAUAACGAUUUAGAUGAAAUUGAUGACACUCCAGAUCCAAUUACUGACUUAAUUAAAGUCAGCAGUCAAUAUGAUACAGAAUUGUUUGAUGAUGGGGAUCCAGUACCCUCUACUCCUGAAAAACCAAUUACUAAAAGUACACCGGAAUCUGAAAUGGAUUUCUCAUCCAUUGCACAUGAUAUCAAAGACAAAGAGCCUUCAAUUAAUCUAUUUAGUAUUGAUAGUAUUGAGAGCCCUAAUGAUUACUUACCUUUGGAAUCUCCUAGAAUGGUGUUCAGUUUUGGUUCUGAGCAAGACAGUGGAAUACUGACAUCGGGAAGCACACCCAUAAUAACGACAGUCACAGAGGAAUCCAUUGAAGAGGACUUUGACUCAUUUUGUACCUCAGAUAAUCAGGAGAUUCACAAAGAACCAGAAGAUCUCACUAAACAGGAACCUACUAAUGAAGUGAUUAAUUCUAAUGCUAUUAAUGAAUCAGAGAAUGUAGUGCAUGAACAUGGCUCUGUAAAGUGCAAGAAUGAUAGUGAUGUAGGGAAGCAAAGUGACAAUGACAUUGAUGAAGAGAAAAUACGUGGCAAGAAAACUUCAGAUUUAUCGUUUAUAGUGGGUGAUGAUGAUGAUGAUGAUGAUGAUGAUGAUGAUGAUGAAUUGGAUAGGUCAAAUGAUUAUGAAAGUAAUAAAGUUGAAAUCCCUCAGAUGGCUGAUGCACAAGAAAAUUCUGCUGAUAAUUCUGUGCUUAAUAAUAUUCUACCAAAUGUACCUACAGGAGACAGGGAUUUAAACAUAAUUGUGAAUCCAUUGAUUGGUGAGAAAGACCCAAAUGUUGAAUCGAAUUUCUCUAUAGCAGAAGUGGGUUCGCAUCCACCUCCAGUUACUACAAUGGUGAGUAUUGAUGAGGAUUCUGAUGGUAAUAAAACAUCAGUAAAUGUUAUCAAAGAAUUUCCCGGUUCAGAAACUUCUAGUCCAAUACAUUCACCAAGCGCCCUGCUUCCAAGCAAUAAACAUGAAUUGACACCAGAGACUGAAAACUCUCCUUCUGUAAGAACUAGUCCCAGACCAAUGGGCAUCGGCGAGGGAAUGAUGCAAGGAAUUAAAGAUCUCAUCUCUAGAGCAUCAUCUUCUAAUUUACAAAAUCUUAUUACGGGGAAAUCUUCAAAAGAGGCUGAUAAUAACCCUUCUCUACAGAGGAGGCCAGGCAGUGAUAAGACACUGAAAUCUCACACUCAGAGUACAGAGGAUAGAAAAAAUAAUUCUAUGAAAAAAUCUGUUUCUGCAGAUGGUUGUAGAAACAGAUCAUUAUCUGCCUUGUUUGCUCAGUUAGAUGUUGCGGCCAAGACUACUAAACACAUGACGCUACCUGAAUCUUGUGUUAGGAUGUGGGCGGCUGAAAUUGUCACAGCUCUAUCAUUGUUGCAUAGUAUGGAUAUACUCUGCAAAGAUCUGCGACCAGAUAACAUUCUGUUAGCUGAACGAGGACAUAUCAGGAUAAGUUACUUCAGUGAGUGGAAGUGGGUGGAACCUUCUCUUGAUCCAUGUGCCAUUGAACUACUGUACGCUGCACCGGAAGUGUCUGGUAUCUUUCCCUUAACACCAGCCUGUGACUGGUGGAGUCUUGGUGCUUUGUUGUUUGAAAUGUUGAUUGGAAAGUCGUUAUAUGCCUGCCAUCUAAGUGGUAUUAAUUCUCACACACAACUGAACAUACCAGACCAUGUAUCACCUGAAGCAAGGUCAUUACUGGUGCAGCUUUUACAGCAUAAUGUAUCUGAGCGACUUGGAUCUGGUAUUUCAGGAGUAGAGGAGAUCAAAUCACAUCCAUUUUUCUUUGGUGUUGAUUGGAAUAAGCUGAAAGGCUGA